AUGGCAGUGGAUCAGAGCCAUACAGUGGACCGCCGUGGGGCCACCAUCCCUCGUGGCGAAAGUCUCUUGAAGAAGUGUUCAGAUGUGGACCUCUCCUUCCCUCAGUCACCACCAGGCUCCAACUUCUUCAAUGGUACAAAGAGGGGGCCGCUGUUUCUCACCUCAUACCGGGUGAUUUUUGUGACUUCACCUUCAUACAAUGAUCCCAUGUUGUCUUUUAUGAUGCCAUUUCAUCUAAUGAGUAACUGCACUGUUGAACAACCAAUCUUUGGUGCAAACUACAUUAAAGGGACAAUUCAGGCAGCUCCAGAUGGUGGCUGGGAAGGAUCAGCUACUUUCAAAAUAGUCUUCAGGAAAGGAGGUGCCAUCGAGUUUGCCCAGCUGAUGGCCAAAGCGGCCUCUGCUGCUGCCCAAGGAGUUCCACUCAGAGUUUCAAGUUUCUGGAUGAGCCCUCUAGGAAUUUUUGUCAUUACUGGGGAGAGGAGCAUGCAUGCCCCACAGGCAGGCCAAGUUGCCUAUGGAGUCCCACCUGCAGGACACGGAGCCCCACCUCCCAGAUAUGAUGUCCUGCCUCCUGGAUAUGGAUCCAGGAUAUAUGGAUCCCCUCCUCCAUAUGCAGCUACCCCUGUGGGCUAUGGAGUCCUGCCUCCUGAAUAUGAAGCCCCUAACAUGGAGUACGGAGCCCCACCUCCCAGUUACGGAGUCCCACCUCCCAGUUACGGAGUCCCGCCUCCCAGUUAUGGAGUCCCACCUCCCAGUUAUGGAGUCCCGCCUCCCAGUUAUGGAGUCCCGCCUCCCAGUUAUGGAGUCCCACCUCCCAGUUAUGGAACAACAGCUGUGGUGUCUGGAUCUCCACCUCCCGGAUAUGAAGUCCAGCCUAUGAGUUACGAGACUCCUCCUUCAGGAUAUGGGUCCGUCCCUUCAAGAUCCAGAGCCCCGACUACAGCACAGGAAGCUCCACCUGCUGGGUCUGAAUCAGGGCAUCCCGUUUCUGUGGCAGUCCAGACUCCUGGAUUCCAGGAAUCUUUUCCCUCUACCUCAUCUUCACAAGCUCAUCCUUCUACAUCUAAGAUGUAAACCCUGAAGUUUCACCAAGCAAAACUGCACACUAGCUUUGAAGUCUAGAAAGAAUAGUUAGGCUUAUGAUCCCAGCCUCAUCCUAGGUAGUUGCUCCCCCACCUCUGAAGUUCAGUCAUAGGACAGAACUAAGCUUUAUCUCCGUGCCUUGAUUUUAGAAGUAGUGUCAACUCUUGAUUAGCUGGAUAAAGGAGUAACACCAGAGGGCUAAUUCCCUAAUGACUUGGUUGACAUUGGAUGCAUUUAAAACAUACCUUGAUGUGAGCUUGCAAAAAGCCUCCUGCCUUUCUCAUCUGCAUUAGAAAACCUUUAUAAUACUCUAUUUGGUAGAUAAUAAGAUCUGCUAAAAUGUCAUGCUAAAUGUUGAGAGCUGGACCUGGUGAUGCAGGCCUAAAACCACAGCUGCCAGAGAGGAUAAGACAGAAGGAUGGCAAGUUUAAGGCUUGCUUGGACUUUAGAGCCAAAGCCAGCCUGGACAGCCUAGUGAGAACCUGUUUCAAAGGCUAUUAAAAGGUCCAGGGAUAGAGCUCAGUUGUAGUAUGCUUGCCUUGUAU